UUGCAGGCAGGCGUUGAUAUAAUUGAGUUGUCUCCCGAAGAAGGUUGCUUGCAGCAAAGUUUAUUCACUGGUGAUGCUGCUAUUUGCAUCAAUGGCACUGCAUUGAUCACUCGUCCAAGCAAACGUGGGUGUCGCUUUAGUGAAAUAAGCAGCUUGUUAGGCCAACUUUCAUGGCAGGUUGUUGAAACGCCAGCUUCAGAACAUGGUAAAGAUGUCGUUUUGGAGGGUAGUGAUGUAUUAUAUACUGGCAGAGAAAUAUUUGUUGGAGUUCGAAAGAAUGGUACCAACAUGGAAGGAGCAUUGGUAGUAGGUCGAACAUUCUCUGAUCUAGCUGUGAUACCUAUCUCUCUUGCUGGGAGUCAACCUUUGAGGCAUUACAUUUCUUUCGUUUCGAACGAUGUAUUGUCAGUGUGUAAUUGUAAGGAGGCUAAGUUGAUUGUACAGCGCAUGGAACGUGAAGCGACCUUCCGAUAUAAAACUCUUACGGUAGAGCAUGAUGAAGCUGGGAAUUGUUUAAGUGUGAACGACAGCGUCAUCUAUCGGCAAGAUGUUCCAGAAACGAAAUUUCAAGUUCUUCAAGAGCGAGUCCAGCUGAUGGGAAUAAUUGCAAGUGAAUUGAGCAAAAUCGGUAAACCCAUUUCUCGUUUUAUUUUGCUCACUGCAAAGAUUAAUACUCUAAAGUCGCUUUGGUAG